AUGGCGAAUAAUCGAAAGGACAAAUAUGGCGGAUCUGCGAAAGACAGAAUGACAGUGGUUCUUGAAAUUUACGAAGGCAUCAGAAAGGAGAUCGCGUCCAAAGACUUUCUAAUAGGAAUAAAGAUGAAUUCAAUCGAAUUCCAAGAUCGCGGCUUGGGUGUGGAAGACGCCAAAAUCAUGGGUGGGAUUAUGGAAGUAAGAUUCUUCCUUGAGAAAAAUAUUUGA